AUGAAAAGAAUUGAAGACUUGAUAACCAGAAAUCAUAAUCAAGAAGAAAUUACGGUUCUUUGCUGCUGGAAAUGUAGAAAAUGUAUAGCAAGUUCUGAUUGUUUCAUGAAAUACCUUGAGAAUCAAAUUAGUAAGGAUAGACUUGAUCCAGCUGAUGCUCAAAGUAUUUGUCAUGUCUGGCACAUGAAUAUAGAAACCCUUCCAGAAUGGAUAAGCAACAUAAUACAAAAAACCCAGUGGACAGUUGGAAAACUAAAUUGUCCUUUCUGUGGGGCCCGUUUAGGGGGCUUUAAUUUUGUCAGCACUCCAAAAUGUUCCUGUGGCCAGCUUGCAGCUGUGCAUCUCUCCAAGAGCCGGACCGUUUAUCAGCCAACACGGGCAGACCGACUAAUGAGACCAUCACUGAAAUACUUGCCACAUCCUCGAGUUCAGUCAGGUUGUGACAAGGAAACUCUGCUGACAGGUGGCACCUCCAGAAAACGAAAUCACAGGCUUUUCAACAUGGCCCAAAAUACUAAUGGCCCUGGAAGAUUAACAGAAGCACUCUGCCUGGAGGUGCGAUCAACAUAUUUUGCGAUGAAGAACGAAAAACUGCUCUUUCAGUCAUCAGAUCCAAAAUACCAGUUUUUUGUUCCCCAGCUUGUGACUGGAAGAUGCACUGCAAGAGCUUUUCAUAGAAAAUCACAUAGUUUGGAUCUGAGCAUCAGUGAAAACCUUACUUUAUUGCCUACUUUGUAUGAAAUACAUAGUAAGACGACUGCAUAUUCUAGACUAAAUGAAACACAGCCUAUUAAGCUUUCUGGCUUGCAUUUAGACAAUAGUAAAAAUAGCUGUUCUUUUAAGAAUCCAUCCAAUUUUGAUCCUAAUAUGAUACUGCAAAGAUUUUCAGUGGCUCCCCAUGAGACCCAGACACAAAGAAGAGGAGAAUUUCAGUGUAAUCUAGAAUCUUCUGCAGUGUUCUCUGAUCAUGCUAGUUCUAACAACUUGACUUUCCUAAUGGACCUGCCGUCGGCUGGCAGGAGCAUGCUGGAAGCUUCGGACCAGGAAGAGCAUCUCUCUCCUCUGGAUUUCCUGAGUUCAGCCAGUUUUCCAUUGGGCGCCAUUAACCAGAGGCUCAAUAAGAGAGAAAGAAGCAAGUUGAAGAAUUUGCAAAGAAAACAACAAAGGCGUGAAAGAUGGCUACAGAAACAGGGUAAAUACCCAGGUGUAGGCUUGCUGGAUCAUAUGACUUUGAAUAAUGAGAUGAGUACAAAUGAUGACAGUGAAGAAAAGGAAAGUUACAUCUGCGCAGUGUGUCUGGAUGUUUAUUUCAACCCUUAUAUGUGUUACCCUUGCCACCACAUCUUCUGCGAGCCCUGCUUAAGGACUCUUGCCAAAGACAAUCCUGCAAGCACUCCUUGCCCUUUGUGUCGAACAAUUAUUUCUAGAGUCUUUUUCCAGACAGAACUGAACAAUGCCACAAAAACAUUCUUUACUAAAGAAUAUUUGAAAAUAAAACAAAGCUUUCAGAAAUCCAGCUCUGCAAAAUGGCCACUACCAAACUGCAGAAAAGCAUUUCAUCUUUUUGGAGGUUUCCACAGACAUGCAGCUCCUGUUACCAGAAGGCAGUUUCCACACGGUGCACAUAGGAUGGAUUAUCUGCACUUUGAGGAUGAUAGUCGUGGAUGGUGGUUUGACAUGGAUAUGGUGAUCAUCUAUAUUUAUUCAGUGAACUGGAUCAUUGGAUUCAUUGUUUUCUGCUUUCUUUGCUAUUUUUUCUUUCCGUUUUAG